AUGGCGUACUGCGGCCGCUCUCUGGACUCCCCGUGCACCCUGGCCCUGCUGGUGGGCUUCCAGUUUGCCUUUGUCCUCUAUUUCUCCCUGGGGGGCUUCAGGGGCCUGGUGUCCGUCCUGGUGCACACCACUGAGCCGGAGUUUGAUUACUCUCGACCUCACGACGUCUACACCAACCUCAGUCAUCUGGGAGCGCCGCCUCCCCCGCCUCGCAACUCGGGCACUGGACCCCCUGUCACAGGACCCCCACUGAGGGACUGCCAGAUCCCCUCCCCACUGCUGGUCGGACCCGUGUCUGUCCUUCUCUCCUCUCCUCUGUCUCUGGAGGAGAUCAGACAGAGGAAUCCCUUGGUGUUGCCAGGCGGACACUACCGUCCUCCAGACUGUGAACCCCGCCAUCACACAGCAAUAGUGGUGCCGUACCGGAACCGGCAGACCCACCUCCGGGCGCUGCUCUACCACCUCCACCCCUUCCUGCAGAGACAACAGAUCCACUACAGCAUCUAUAUAGUGCAGCAGUGGGGGAACGGCACCUUCAACCGAGCCAAGCUGCUGAACGUGGGGGUGCGGGAGGCCCUCAGAGAUGAAGACUGGAGCUGCAUCUUCCUGCACGACGUGGACCUGCUGCCCGAGAACGACCACAACACCUACACCUGCCACAAACAGUUCCCCACACACCAGUCUGUGGCCAUGGACAAGUUCAGAUACAGGCUGCCGUACCCGCAGUAUUUCGGUGGCGUGUCUGCCGUGACCCCAGACCAGUACAUGAAGAUGAAUGGUUUCCCUAACCUGUACUGGGGCUGGGGUGGAGAGGAUGAUGACAUCGCUGCCAGAGUGCGUCUCUCUGGCAUGAAGAUUGUGCGCCCCCCAGUGGCCAUUGGUCAUUACAAGAUGAUCAAGCACAAAGGAGACAGAGGCAACGAGCAGAAUCCACGCAGGUUCGACCUCCUGAAAAGGACCAGACUGAACUGGCGCUCUGACGGCCUCAACUCUCUGGCCUACGAGCUUCUUUCUAGAGAGCUGGAGCCUCUCUACACCAACCUCACUGUCAACAUUGGAGAAGACCCCCGCCUGCCGCAGGGGAAGGCAGCCCUCCCCGUUAAGGCACCGACCCCCGUCCACCAACGUAGCACCAGCAAGAACGAGGCAACAGCCAAGAAGGAGGAGAGCACACAACAGGGCAAAGGCUCCGUGGUGGAAAAUAUGACCAAGGUAUUGGGUGAAAAGACAAAACCUGUGCAGUCAAAAGCAGCAAAUCAAACAACACACAAGGAGACUGGUGCGAUGACAUAG